CUUAACCCUGUCAACCACUGAUAUGGUCAGUGAAUGCAUCACAGACAUAGUUAGUGAAUGCAUCACAGAUCUGGUCAGUAAAUGCAUCACGGAUCUGAUCAGUGAAUGCAUCACAAAUAUGGUCACUGAAUGCAUCACGGAUCUGGUCAGUGAACGUUUCACAGAUCUGGUCAGUGAAUGCAUCACGGAUCUGGUCAGUGAAUGCAUCACUGAUCUGGUCAGUGAAUGCAUCACUGAUCUGGUCAGUGAACGUUUCACAGAUCUGGUCAGUGAAUGCAUCAAGGAUCUGGUCAGUGAAUGCAUCACUGAUCUGGUCAGUGAACGUUUCACAGAUCUGGUCAGUGAAUGCAUCACGGAUCUGGUCAGUGAAUGCAUCACGGAUCUGGUCAGUGAAUGCAUCACAGAUCUGGUCGGUGAAUGUUUCACAGAUCUGAUCGGUGAAUGCAUCACUGAUCUGGUCAGUGGACGUUUCACAGAUCUGGUCAGUGAAUGCAUCACGGAUCUGGUCAGUGAAUGCAUCACUGAUCUGGUCAGUGAACGUUUCACAGAUCUGGUCAGUGAAUGCAUCACGGAUCUGGUCAGUGAAUGCAUCACUGAUCUGGUCACUGAAUGCAUCACGGAUCUGGUCAGUGAACGUUUCACAGAUCUGGUCAGUGAAUGUAUCACGGAUCUGAUCAGUGAAUGCAUCACAGAUAUGAUCAGUUAUUGCAUCACAGAUCUGGUCAGUGAAUGCAUCACGGAUCUGGUCAGUGAAUGCAUCACUGAUCUGGUCAGUGAACGUUUCACAGAUCUGGUCAGUGAAUGCAUCACGGAUCUGGUCAGUGAAUGCAUCACUGAUCUGGUCACUGAAUGCAUCACGGAUCUGGUCAGUGAACGUUUCACAGAUCUGGUCAGUGAAUGCAUCACGGAUCUGAUCAGUGAAUGCAUCACAGAUAUGACUAGUGAAUGCAUCACGGAUCUGGUCAGUGAAUGCAUCACGGAUCUGGUCAGUGAAUGCAUCACGGAUCUGGUCAGUGAACGUUUCACAGAUCUGGUCAGUGAAUGCAUCACGGAUCUGAUCAGUGAAUGCAUCACAGAUAUGACUAGUGAAUGCAUCACGGAUCUGGUCAGUGAAUGCGUCACAGAUCUGAUCGGUGAAUGCAUCACAGAUAUGAUCAGUUAUUGCAUCACAGAUCUGGUCAGUGAAUGCAUCACAGAUAUGACCAGUGAAUGCAUCACAGAUCUGGUCAGUGAAUGCAUCACAGAUAUGAUCAGUUAUUGCAUCACAGAUCUGGUCAGUGAAUGCAUCACAGAUAUGACCAGUGAAUGCAUCACGGAUCUGAUCAGUGAAUGUUUCACUGAUCUGGUAGGUGAAAGUUUCAUGUAGUUGG